AUGAAAACACUCUUGAUCACUCUCCUCCAAUUUCUCCUCCUUCUCAAACCCCACUUCGCCUGCGCAAGAGGUAAAUUUGCCUUCGCCCCUUCAUGCCUAACCGCCGCCAACGCGCCCUUCAUGCGCGAAGAAAUCACGCUGGUGAUGGAAUCCGCCGCGAGCACCAAGGCCGCACUUCGCAACCCAAAUGCCGACACAAAUAGAUUCGUUCGGUGGAUGUUCGGUACCAGCACGCCUGCUUACGACGCUUACGCAGCGCCGCGAGCCAUCAUCGGUGGCACGGGCACCGGAGAAGACGACAUCAUUGGCAUGGCCGGUGUGACUGGGGAGGUCCCUGCGGAAGAGGCGGAGGGAGGCGACGUGAUCUUCUAUUGCGACAUGAGCCAUAUGAAACCUCUAUAUAACGAAGAAGGAGUUCUCGUGCAGUGGUAUGAUAGAUCCCUCAAGAGCUACAAUGACGCAGACCCUGCCUAUCUACUCUGCAGAGACACCAAGAGCAACUUCCGAGGCAACCUCGAUGUCCCGAGCGCCCUCAACUUCGCAUGGCAGAAGGUCGACGGCGAACUACCGGAUGCUCCGGAUACCAUCAUCAUCUGCCCGCGGUACGUCGAGGCCGGUUUGGCGGCCGCGUACCAGGACUCGGGAAUUUUCGACGAUAAUUUUCUCACCCGGGAGAGACGGUUCUGGCAGGGACGGUCCACGCAGCGGACUUACGCGCCGAUCGAUUACUAUAACCUGUUUGAUAGCGGUAUUGCGCAUGAGGUUGGCGUUACGCUUGGCUUAUUCUUGGAUUGA